AUGGCUUUGGAAGAUCUUAUUCUUCAAACUACUGAUGAAGCUCAGAUGACCGAUAACUGGGAGGACAUCCUAGAAGUCUGUGAUCUUGUUAAUAAUGAUCCAACCGAUGGUCCUGAAAUCGCUAUCAAAACUUUAGGCAAGAGAUUCAUGAUAAAUAAUGCAAAUAUCUUAUUACGAUCAAUAACUUUAUUGCAGGCUCUAUCCGAGAAUUGUGGUUCAAAAAUGAAGUUUCAAGCUGCUUCAAAAAACUUCACAAACUUAUUAUACGAUAAUAUUAUAUCAAACAAAAAGAUUCAUAUUACUAUUAAACAAGAAUUAAUCUCUGUUUUAACCCAAUUAUCACACUCUUUUAAAAAUGAUCCCUCGUUGCGUUUAGUCGAUGAUUUAUUAAAAAAAAUCAAAAAAAAGCACCCUGAGUUAUUCCCAAAUAACAACGCCAACUCUGCUUAUGCUCCUUCUUCUUCUGAUGGUCCCUCGUUACCUCAAAAGGAUCAAAUGCAAGAAGCCGAUAAAGCUCUAGAAGAUGAUGAAUUAAAAAAAGUCUUGGAACUAUCUCUCAAAGAGUAUAAUCAAGAACAAAGCUGGAGAACUAGUUAUACUAAAUUUCAAAAACCUGUUGAAUCAAUCAAAAAAUCAAAUGAUGAAUCGAAUUUAAAUAAUCAAUUCAAAGACCUAUUUAUAAAUGACAAAUCCCAAUCCCAAUCUCAAUCUCAAUCCCAAUUGCAACCAAAAAUUGAACCGGAUUUUACAAAUGAUCCAUUUUCUAAACCUCAACAUCAACAUCAAUCUGAACCUAAACCCGAACCUGAACCUGAACCUGAACCUCAACUACUAGUACAAGAUCUGUCGGUUUCUGAAAUAAAAGCUGAAAAUACUGAACCCUUAUCUCCAGCUGUAAUCACCCGUGUUAAAGCGCUCUACGAUUUAAUUUCUGUCGAACCAGACGAAUUAUCCUUUAAAAAGGGCGAUACAAUCAUCGUAUUGGAAUCAGUUUAUAAAGACUGGUGGAGAGGUUCAUUGAAUGGCCAAAUCGGUAUAUUCCCAUUAAAUUACGUCUCGCCAAUCAAGGAUCCUUCCCCCGAAGAAUUGUUAAAAGAAAACAAAAUUGAAUCAGAUAUUCUAAAACAAUCUUCUAAUAUUGAAAGACUAUUAAUUAGAUUAACAACCAUCAACAAUGAAUCGGAAAAUAACCAACUCUCUCAACAGGAAUUUAUCAAACUAAUUAACGAUCAGAGCCUCACUGAUUUAUUUAACAAUCUAAUCUCUGUUCGUCCCAAAUUAGGUAAAUUGAUUGAAAAAUACUCCGAAAGAAAAGAUGGUUUGCUUCAAUUAAAUGAAAAACUAAUGGAAAGUGAAAGAAUUUAUAAUGAUUUAAUGGAUGAUGCAAUUAAUCAAUUUAAAACACCUGCUUCAAAGAAAUCAAUGACCUCAGGCCAAAUUUAUUCACAGUAUACUGGUUUUGGUCAGCCACAACAACCACCAUCUCAACUACCACUUCAACCACUAUCCCAAAAAUUACAGAGUGACCCUUAUAGUGUUAAUAACUCAGGGCCAACUCACAUUCAACCUCAGGGAACAUCAGUAAAUAACCCAUUCAACUAUUAUCUAGGAAACACACAACAACCAAAUCAACCAAAUCAACCAAAUAAUUAUAAAUUUCAAUAUCCUUCAAAUGUUGCGGGCUCAUCUAACUCUACUGGCGGCAGUAUCUCUAAUCCAUAUCAACAAAAUUCUCAACCAUCACAAUCGCCACCACAAACCCAACCUCAACCACCAAAUCCCAUUACUAUGAAUAGUACUGGAGGAUUCCAAAGUCUUCUACCAAACGUUAAUCCUAAUUCUACUGGUGGACGUCCAGGAAAUCACCCAAAUACAAUAAAUGUUCUACCGAAUACAACUGGAGGAUAUCAAGGCCCUGGUCCUAACCAACAAUCACAACCACAACAGCAACAGCAACAGCAACAGCAACCACCACUACAACAACAACAUUUUAUUGAUCCUCACACAUCUGGUGGAUAUACACGUCCUCAGAAUGCACCUCCUGGUUAUAACCCAGAAUAUCAAAAUCCAGCACAAACCAUUAAGCCAGUUGCUACUGGAUACAAUGCAGGAUACCAACCACCAAGUCAAGACCAACAAUCUAACUUAUCACUUGGACCAACACCAGCACCAUUGGCUCCACAACACACUUUUAAACCAUAUCCAGACAUGAACCAAUUUGAAAUCAGUAAUCCAUUAAAGGAAAACAAUGCUGGCGGUUCUACAACUCUACAAACUACUCUGCCAGCUCAACAAGGAAAUGGCAGAAAGGGAAGUGCACCAUAUCCAACCGACGUCAGUAAACAGCAUGGUGGAGUUUAUUUUAUGAAUGUGAUAUAUCUAUCAAAAGAACAUAUCAAGAUUUUAAACAAUAAUUUUCCUCUAAUUUCAAAAAAACUCUUGAAAUUGGGUUUGAAAUUAGGUACUUUACUUAACUAUCCCAUCAAUAAUAAUAAUUUAAAAUUUUUCUUGGAAAACUUUUUAAAUGUCCUAAAUCAAUUUAAUUCUCUUUUAAUCAAAAAUCAAAAUUAUCUCAAUGUAAAUACAAAUACUAAUAACAAUUCAAUCUCUUUAAACCAUACCAAUAGUUAUUCUAAUUUGAAUUCAAAUUCAAAUUCAAAUUCAACCUCUUCCAAUUCAAAUAAAUAUAAACCUAAUAUUUAUAAUCAUAAUAGUAACAAUAACUAUAACUAUAAUUAUCAUUAUCAUCACAAUAAUAACAAUGCUACUAAUUCCCAUUCAAAUCAUUCAACUAGAACUAAUAGCGUCAAUCUAAACAUUAUUCAACUAUCAAACAAUAAUACAAUCGAUAACAUUUUUUCUUUUAUAACCUUGUUAAAAAUCCUUAUAAAAGUAUUUAUAAAAAUCAAUUUUCAUAUAAAUGAUCUAUAUAAAGAUUCACCUAUUCAAUUUAAUCAAAAUAAUCAAAAUAAUCAAAAUAAUCAAAAUAAUCAAAAUAAUGUCAACUAUCAAUUAAACUCAAACUCGAUAAAUCCUAAUUUCAAUUCCCAAAAUCAAUCCCAAUCUCAAUCUCAACAAAAUCUGCUAAAUACUUCAAACUACAAUAAUAACUCAAAUUAUAAUCAUACCCCAACUACAGCAACCGCCAGCUCUACCACUCUCAAUUCAAACUCCUUAAAUUCUUACAAUUCAAGCUCGGCGCUAUCUUCUUUUAAAUCUUAUAAUGAAAAUCCUCACAAUGAAAAGGAUGCUUAUAAUCAAUUCAAUCAAUUUAACCAAUUUAGCCAACUGAACCAAUUUAACCAACCAAAAAUUGAUAUCAAAAAUAUGAUUACUUAUAAAUUAUUAAAUGAAAUUGAUAAAAAAUUAAACACAAAUUUAAUAUCCCCUGUCAUUUCAAUUAUAAAACAAAUUAGUAACAAAUUAAUGAACGAACAAAUGGUUUCAAUUGCUAAUAUUUUGAACGAUUUUUAA